CAGUCACCCACAGUACAAACACACCAUGUCCAUCGAAGAAAUCCCCCAAGGCGCCGAGGUCAACAUCAUCUCCAAAAACGAGAAGAAGGCCAGAGAGGCCAUCAAGAAGUUGAACUUGAAGCAAGUCAAGGGCAUCUCCAGAGUCACCUUCAAGCAAAGAGGCAACUUGAUUUACGCCAUUGACCUGCCCGAUGUGUACAAGUCUCCCGCCGGCACUUAUGUCGUUUUUGGCGAGGCCAAGGUCGACGACAUGAACCAAAGAUUGGCCGAGGCCCAGGCUGCCCAGACCGCUGCCGCCCAGGCCCAGGCCGCCGGCGCCGACGCCGACGCUCCUGCAGACAAGAGCCCCGAGUCCAUCACUGCCGACCUCGAAAAGGCUUCCUUGAACGCCAAGGUGGAGGAGGCCGACGAGGAGGAUGGUGACGUGGACGAGUCCGGUUUGGACGCCAGCGACAUUGCCAUCAUUGUGGAGCAGACCCAGGUCUCCAGGGCCAAGGCUGUCUCUGCCUUGAGAAGAAACAAGGGUGACAUGGUCAACGCCAUCAUGGAGUUGUCUUAGGUGCUGGAGUUGUCUUAGGUGCUGGAGUUGUCUUAGGUGCUGGAGCUGUAUUUGGAGCUGGGGCUUUUGCGGAGCUGUUUUGAAUGCGGCCUCCAGCCCAGCAGUACAUACGAAACUAAACACUGAGUCCUUGACCGAUCGCGUAGACCAGUAGUCCACCAGAGCAUGGAGAGUUGAGCACGACGGCUAGAUUUAGAUGGGCUGGGGAUGCUCCUGUUAUCCAGGAUAUAUUAGAUAUUUCGGAUCAAUCCAGUAGAUAGUUGAUAUCCAGUAUGUCGGAUCAGUGAGGUCCAGAAGAUCGUGAUAACUAGGAUGGAUUUCGGAUCACUACCAGUAUUUGGAAUCAAGUGUGUAUUUGGUAUCCUCAUUUAUUGAUGUCUUGG